AUGCAGGACGACUCGGGAGAAAAAACAAAGGACCCCGAUAGCAUUCAGGCCCAUGAGGUAUAUCUUGAGUGGACAGAAGAAAAUGAGGAAGAGAAGGAAAAGAAGAAGAGCAUGAAGAAGGAGCUAAGCGCAGGUGCCCAGAAGGCCUUGGAUAGUGACCUGGAUCUGGAUUCGAUCAAAAUUAAGCCGGAGUUGAUCACUGCACCUCUGAAAGAGCUUGCUAGCAAGCAUAAUCAUGCCAGCUUCAAGGCCGGUGUCUCCAAGGACGGUGUUAUAGUUGCUGGUAGCAUGUCUGAAGAAAACUGGGAUUCAGUUCUUCGGAAUACCCAAUACCUGAACGGCCAUCGAAUGGUGUUUUUUAACUAUGCGAAUGGUCCUAAAGGAUUCAAGAGGAUUGACAAGGCCCCUUAUACUGUUACACCCGGAUUUCUGGUUAACACAUAUCAGACCAAAUACCGAAUCCCUAGAUACGUUGUGACUGAUGACUCCUAUGUCAACGUCUUUGAGACUGCAACUGCACUCUCUAAGAGUGUUCCAUCGAGUUCUUUCUCCCAACUGGAUGUCGAAGCUUCAGGGGAGGAAAUCUUUUUGGUGCCAGUAUGUCUGCAAAUGGCAGAUUUCAGCGAGAGUGAAAGCCAAGCUGUCGCUUCAUCUGGAUCAUCUUCGACCAAAACGAUGAACGUCACAUAUAAUUUUCUGAGGGUCGUCUUGCAUCUUGAGCCAAGAAGUGUUGAGUUGACAGAGGAUUGCAAGAUUUCACUCAAAGAAGUGAAGGAUGAGGAAUCUCUUGUCCAAUUCCACCACGAUUACGGUCAUUUCUUUGCUACCAAUGUUCAGCUGGGUGGCAAACUCUUUGCUUCUGAGCAAUUUACCUCCACAGAGUCUGCAAAGGCAGAAGAGAAGGCAAAUGCAAUGAAGGCUAGCGCUCAAGCUUCCUUCUCAUAUAAUUCGUUCCAAGCUUCAGCCAGUGCAAGCUAUGAAACGAAUAAAAAUAUAUCAAGCUCAAGCCAAAGCAGUGGAAUGUCAAAUUCGCUCACAUAG